CGCGCUUGACGGCAGCUUUCCGGUGGUGGGAAAGUGAACGAAGCCAGAAUCAAAGCGGCGCAACCUCAGGCAGGUGGGCUGCCUGUGGAAGAGGGAAGGAAGGCGGCUGGCUCGGGCCUGGCUCGGAGGCCAGCGGAGCAGCAUCUGCAGGAGCAGGCAGCGGCAGAGAGGGAAUGGUGCCCGGAGGCGCCAAGGAGGAGGCGCGGUCCGUCCCUCUCAGGGUUAGUGAAUGAGGCUCUCCGUCCGGGCCGGCCCGGGCACUGUGCGCUGCGGGUCUCAGCAUGAGUGCGGGCCCCGGCUGUGAGCCCUGCACCAAGCGACCCCGCUGGGGCGCCGCUGCGACUUCGCCUGCCGCCUCGGACUCCCGGAGCUUCCCCGGCAGGCAGAGGCGCGUCCUCGACCCCAAGGACGCUCCCGUGCAGUUCAGGGUCCCACGGUCCUCAGCAGGCUGCAUCCCGGGGCGGGCGGGACCGCACCGAGGCAGCGCCACCUCGCUUGUUUUCAAACAAAAGACUAUUACCAGUUGGAUGGACACUAAAGGAAUCAAGACAACUGAGUCAGAAAGUUUGCAUAGUAAAGAAAACAACAAUACAAGAGUAGAAUCUAUGAUGAGUUCUGUACAAAAAGAUAACUUUUAUCAACAUAACAUGGAAAAAUUAGAAAAUGUUUCUCAGCUAAGUCUUGAUAAAUCACCAGUUGAAAAAGGUACACAGUAUUUGAACCAGCAUCAGACUACAGCUAUGUGUAAGUGGCAAAAUGAAGAGAAACAUACAGAACAGCUUUUGGAAAGUGAACCUCCAGUAGUAACUCUGGUACCAGAGCAGUUCAGUAAUGCUAAUGUUGAUCAGUCACCCCAAAAUGAUGAGCACAGUGACACAGACAGUGAAGAAAGCAGAGAUAAUCAACAGUUUUUGAUACCUGUAAAGCUUGCUAAUGCAAAGCAGGCUACGGAAGAUGAACAGGCCAGAGAAACCAGAAGUCACCAGAAAUGCAGCAAGCCUUGCCAUCUUGUUGAAGACUGUGCAGAUUGUCAGCCAGAAGAGACAGAUGUGGUGCCAGAGAGUCCUUUGUCAGACAUUGGGUCUGAGGAUGUUGCUACUGGACUGAAAAAUGCUAACAAAUUGAGUAGACAAGAAAGUAAUACAGGAAAUUCUCCUCCUUUUGAGAAAGAAAGUGAACCCGAGUCACCAAUGGAUGUAGAUAAUUCCAAAAAUAGUUGUCAGGACUCAGAAGCAGAUGAAGAGACAAGUCCAGGUUUUGAUGAACAAGAAGAUAGCAAUUCUUCCCAGACAGCAAAUAAAUCUUUGAGAUUCCAAGCAAGAGAAACUGACAAUGAAUUGAGGAAACGAUCUUCUGCUAAGGGAAGUGAAAUUAGAUUACAUUUCCAAUUUGAAGGAGGAGAGAGUCGAACUGGUAUAAAUGAUUUAAAUGCCAGACUGCCUGGAAGUACUUCAAGUCUGAAUGUAGAAUGCAGAAUUUCCAAACAACAUGGGAAAAAGGAUUCUAAAAUCACAGAUCAUUUCAUGAGAAUACCCAAAGUAGAGGACAAAAGAAAAGAACAAUGUGAAAUCAAACAUCAAAGAACAGAAAGGAAGAUCCCUAAAUACGUUCCACCUCACCUUUCUCCAGAUAAGAAAUGGCUUGGAACUCCUAUUGAAGAAAUGAGAAGAAUGCCUCGGUGUGGAAUUCGGCUGCCUCUCUUGAGACCAUCUGCUAAUCACACAGUAACUAUUCGGGUAGACCUUUUGCGAGCAGGAGAAGUUCCUAAACCUUUUCCAACACAUUUUAAGGAUUUGUGGGACAACAAGCAUGUAAAGAUGCCUUGUUCAGAGCAAAACUUGUACCCUGUGGAAGAUGAAAAUGGUGAGCGAACUGCAGGGAGCCGCUGGGAGCUGAUUCAAACUGCACUUCUCAACAAGUUAACAAGACCCCAAAACCUGAAGGAUGCUAUUCUGAAAUACAAUGUGGCAUAUUCUAAGAAAUGGGACUUUACAGCUUUGGUUGAUUUCUCAGAUAAGGUUCUUGAAGAAGCAGAAGCUCAACAUUUAUAUCAGUCCAUUUUGCCUGAUAUGGUGAAAAUUGCACUCUGUCUGCCAGAUAUUUGCACACAGCCAAUACCACUCCUGAAGCAGAAGAUGAAUCAUUCCAUCACAAUGUCACAGGAACAGAUCGCCAGUCUUUUAGCUAAUGCUUUCUUCUGCACAUUUCCACGGCGAAAUGCUAAAAUGAAAUCGGAGUAUUCUAGUUAUCCAGACAUUAACUUCAAUCGAUUGUUUGAAGGACGUUCAUCAAGGAAACCAGAGAAGCUUAAAACACUCUUCUGCUACUUUCGAAGAGUCACAGAGAAAAAACCUACUGGGUUGGUGACAUUUACACGACAGAGUCUUGAAGAUUUUCCAGAGUGGGAAAGAUGUGAAAAACCUCUGACUCGAUUACAUGUCACUUAUGAAGGUACUAUAGAAGGAAAUGGUCAAGGCAUGCUACAGGUGGACUUUGCAAACCGUUUUGUUGGUGGUGGUGUAACCAGUGCAGGACUUGUACAAGAAGAAAUCCGCUUUUUGAUCAAUCCUGAAUUGAUUGUUUCACGACUCUUCACUGAAGUGCUGGAUCACAAUGAGUGUCUUAUCAUCACAGGUACUGAACAGUACAGUGAAUACACAGGCUAUGCUGAAACAUAUCGUUGGGCUCGGAGCCAUGAAGACAAGAGUGAAAGGGAUGACUGGCAGCGGCGCGGCACUGAAAUCGUCGCCAUUGAUGCUCUUCACUUCAGACGCUACCUCGACCAGUUUGUGCCUGAGAAAAUCAGACGCGAGCUCAACAAGGCUUACUGUGGAUUUCUCCGUCCUGGAGUUUCUUCAGAAAAUCUUUCUGCAGUGGCCACAGGAAAUUGGGGCUGUGGUGCUUUUGGGGGUGAUGCUAGAUUAAAAGCCUUAAUACAGAUACUGGCAGCUGCGGCAGCUGAGCGAGAUGUGGUUUAUUUCACCUUUGGGGAUUCAGAAUUGAUGAGAGACAUUUACAGCAUGCACACUUUCCUUACUGAAAGAAAACUGACUGUUGGAGAAGUGUAUAAGCUGCUGCUACGAUAUUACAAUGAAGAAUGUAGAAACUGUUCUACCCCCGGUCCGGACAUCAAGCUUUAUCCAUUCAUCUACCAUGCUGUUGAGUCUUGUGCAGAGGCCACCAGUCAGCCAGGACAUAGGACUGGGACCUGAAGAAUGGAGUAAAAUGGUGAUACCUUCUACCCAUCACCAGAGACUUCCUGUUUGAAUUGUCAGGUGUAAUAUAUGAACUGACUCAGUAUAAAUGUGUAUAUAGUCCACGUUUGUAGGCAAAGAUGCAAAUCCCUUUACACACAUACAAUUGUGAGUUUGUAUGUCUAAACCCCCACCAUCUUGACUAAUUUAGAUCUAUUUUGCUUCCAUUUUCUUUUAUGUUAGUUACCAUUCUUUGGAUUUUUCUUUCACGGAUCAAAUUUCUGGUGAAAUCCCAUGAAAGAUUAUGCUCAGCCUGUGAGGUCUCUUUUUUUUUUGAUAACUGUAUAUUAUACAAAAUGCUUUUGCAGCUGGUAGAUGCUGGUGAUGCCAGGGAAGAAGUUGAAAUCCAAGAAUCUGUUUAACUUGGUCUUCUGAAGAUCUCCCUAUGAACCUUUCACCUCAACUCUUGUUAUGAUUACAUUGUUUGAGUUUUGAAUUUUGAAAAUUAAGAGUUGGUCCUUUUCCCCGCCCAUGUUUUGUUUCUUAAUGCAAAUCUCAUAGGUUAAAAGUGCUGUUUACUUAAGACAAACUAAUUUCUAAAAAUAAUUCUUUGAGACAUCGCCUUUAUCUAUAAUGGAUUGUCUGUCCUUUCUCCCUCCUUUCCCCCCCCAUCAGUUUUUAUUUAUACUGCUUUUGGAAACUAACCAAGAUAGAUGAAAAAGUAGGCUAAAAGUUAAUUUACCCUUAUGACUGGGGGGGGGGGGAAAGAAUCAAAACGGUUGAAGGAUAUUUUUUUGUUUUUGAGGAUUAUUUUUUUCUUUUUAAAUUAGAAUUAUUGUUUGUUCCCUGGUGCUUGAAGCAUAUUCAUAUAACCAAAGUUUGGGAACUGAGAAAUUCAUGUUGAUACGAUGUUUCUCUGGUAUUCGAAGGUUACUAUAAAGUUAUGUAAUUAAUAAAUUUUCAUUAACAUAUCAUUUGUCAGAAACUUCCAUAUCUAUAUUGCGUGUGUGUAUAUAUAUACAUAUAUAUAUACCUAUGUGUUUUUUAAGUAUGUCUAUGUGCAAGCACAUAAAUCUAAAUAAAACUGGAGUUGUGGAAAAUCAUUAGGCUUAGGCUUUGUCAGGGGCUCUGCCUUUGAAUCCUUUAUUUACAAUUGUGUCCACUUAAAACAUAAAUAAUAAUGUCUUUCAUAGGUUAAAGUAAAAAAAUCAAAACCAUGUCUGUGUUGAGAGCAGAGCUUAGUCAUUAAAGCACUUAUUC